UGGUGCCUCCUCGCGUCCUGGGUCACGAAGACGCACUCGCACGUCGACCGCCUGUGGUCCAUCACCCCCGUGGUCUACGUCCUCGUGUACGCGCUGUACGACGUCGUCGCGAACGGCGCGAAGGCGCUCGACGCGCGCCUCGCGCUCAUGGCGACGCUCGUCCUCCUGUGGGGCGCGCGACUGUCGUACAACUUCGCGCGGAAAGGCGGGUACUCCGCGGGGGAGCAAGACUACCGAUGGCCGGUGCUUCAGAAGCUCCCGGUGCUGCGUCACCCGAUCGCGUGGCAGCUCUUCAACCUGAGCUUCAUCGCGAGCUACCAGAACGUCCUGCUGUUCCUGAUCGCGGCGCCGACGAGCUACGUCUACCGCGCCGCGACCGUCACGCUGCCGUCGCGGCGCGUGACGCGGCCGCCGUUGAACGCGUUGGACCUCAUCGCGACGUGCCUGUUCCAGUCGUUCUGGAUCUUGGAGUCCGUCGCGGACCAACAGCAGUGGGAGUUCCAGCAGAGCAAGCACCGCGCGCGGGGGCACCCGCGGAUCGCCGCGCUCGAGGAGGAUUACCGCCGAGGGUUCCUGACGUCGGGUUUGUUUCGGCUCUCGCGGCAUCCCAACUUCUUCGCCGAGCAGGCGCUGUGGUGCUCGUUCUACCUCUUCUCCGUCGCGGCAGCGCCCGUCGACUGGCGCGCGUGGGUCAACUGGAGCGCGACCGGCGCGGCGUUGCUCGUGGCGUUGUUUCAGGGAAGCACGCCGUUCACGGAGAGCAUCACGCGGGGGAAGUACGCUUCGUACGCGGCGUAUCAGAAGACGACCAGCCGACUCGUGCCGUGGUUCCCGGCGCGCGGGAAA